UAUCUGCCUUAAUUAUAAAGAAGCAUAAAGCCCCUACUAGUCCAGUAUUAUCCUCCUCUCCCUUGCUACUCCAAUGGGUUCCCUCCCCUCCCCUCCAUCGCCACAAAGCCCUGCAUCAAACUAUCAAAUCUAUGCGUCGUUUUGCCAGAGGAAGCAAGGGCAAAACACAUACACAUGCAAUAGAAUAGAGUGCUACAAUCCCUCUAACAACACAUGGAGCUAUGCUACCUCAAUCCCUCGCCAAACUGACAGCCAUUUCUUGAAGGGCUUUGCAAUGGUCUCUCUAGGAGACUACGUGUUUAUAAUAGGUGGGAGGCAAUACAAGGAGAGUGCUCGUCCUGGCACACAGGAUUCAGAAGAGUAUGUGGACGAAGAUGUCAAAAUCCUCCCUUGGGUGUGGCGUUACAAUGUUCGGUCGAACCAAUGGUUUGAGUGCGCGCCACUAGGCACGCCACGUUGUGAUUUCGCCUUCUCCGUUUGCGAAAACAAGAUCUAUGUGGCGGGGGGGCAGUCCGAUAUGACCUGUGCAAGGGGUGUUGCCUCUGCUGAGAUGUAUGAUCCCUUGCUCGACAUCUGGACCCCAUUGCCUGACAUGAUGAUACGGCGAUACAAGUGUGCCGGGGUGACAUGGCAAGGUAAAUUCCACGUGGUCGGGGGAUUUGCAGACCCAGUGGAUGCAAGCCCGGGGGCCUUUGGUUGGGAGCGUAGCUCGGCUGAGAUGUACGACACGCAAGCAAGGAGGUGGGACCUCGUGAAGGGGAUGUGGCAACUAGACGUUCCACCUAAUCAAAUUGUCCCGGUGAAUGGGAGGCUAUUUAGCUGUGGGGACUGCCUAAAUGCAUGGAAGGGCCAUAUUGAGGUGUAUGAUGGGCUUGGCAUGGUUAACAUAUGGGAAGAAGUUGCCGGGUCACAAGAAGCCCUCGGGGGUUCCCCAAUUUCCCACACAUCGGAGGCCAACCAUGAAGAUUGGCAACCAAAUCAACGGCUUUACCUCACAAUGGCACCAAUAGGGACCUGUUUAUAUAUCUUGGCAGGCUGCCGGAGGGCUAGCGACUUGUCAAGGACAACAUCAAGGGUCCAUAUAUACGACACAUCGGCGACCACCGACGCCUGGAGGAGCGUUGUGCCCAUUGAAGAGGAGGGACUAAAAGAGUUUUGUAGCCAUUGCUGUGUUAAUGUUCAACUUUAG